CAGAAAACCUUUGGGUCAGUCAUCGGUAUUCGCCACUGGGUCUCUGUACAAUAAACAGCCAAAAUCAUGAAGCUUUUCUUGCUUGUAGCCCUCGGCCUCGUCGCCCUGGCAAGCGCUCGGCCCGACUCGGUUCUCAAUCUUGACCUCGAUGGGAUCCACCACGAUCAGGACCUGGAGGAUGGAGAAGUUGUCAGUGGGACUUACAGCUGGACGUCCCCCGAAGGCGAGGAGUUCUUCGUGAAGUACGUGGCUGACGAAGACGGCUACCGAGUCCUGGAGUCCAACGCAGUACCAGCCAGUGAGGGCGUAGCCGCCAACGGCCAGCAGGGAUCCUUCGUGUCUAUUGAAGAAGAAGAUGAGUAAAGGAGCUCCCUUCGUCAGUUACUUUUCUCUCGCGUGAUUUUUUUAAUAUGUUUACCGGAUUCCCCCCUCUCCCUCUCCCUCCCCACCUAUCUCCCUCCCUGGCUAGUAGUCCCGUUUACGCGUAUUCGCGAAACGAUACUGUAAUUAUUUAUUAUUUACGACGUACAAUAAAUCGCAUAACAGAAGCCACUAA